AUGGGACUGGACCUGCUGAAGCAGUUGGACGUAAACCUGCACCCCGCGAGUGGGGCAAUCGAUCAGCUGGCGGUCACUGGGAGCGCAGAAGUCCCGGAACCGCCACCGUCUCAGCCCGACCCUGGCGAGAUAUGCUCACUGACAAUGGUCCGUGGCCACCCCGAAGAAGCGGACCUGCAUGAAGACAGCUCCGCUGAAGAAGAGGUGAUCGCUCUUCUGACAGAUGAAGAGAGCGUGCUGACCGAGCAAGACGUCCGCACCGCAUACCUGGAGCUGGCGCACAGCGCGCACGACGGAAUCGUCCGCAUGAAACAGGCGCUGCGGAAUCUGGCGUGGUGGCCCGGCAUCAACCGUGAGGUGGAGGAGCUGUGCCGAAGUUGCGAGCGCUGCCAGCACAGCGACGCAGUCCUCUCCCAGCGCGCACGCCCUGCGCCCAUGCAGCCAGUCGACCUGCCGGACCGCGCCUGGUCGAAACUGGGAAUGGAUAUCGCUCUUCCACUGGUGACGGUGGUGGCCGGCGGCUGCUCCGACUCGGACCAGUGUCACGUGACCACCCUGGCGGCCGGGGCCGACGCGCCCCUAUCGCUGACCUUUGACCUGCCGACAGAAGAGGCGCCGCUCCGGCCGGGACCUCCAGCCUGGUCCAACUACGUCAAAGGGGUGGUGGCCAACUUCAAAGGCGGCGUGGUGCCUUUCGAAGCGGUGCUGGCCUCGACCGUUCCUCUCGGGGCGGGUCUCUCCAGUUCUGCCUCUCUAGAGGUGGCCAUGUAUACUUUCCUCGAGGCACUCACUGGACGAAAGGCAGAAAGCCUACGCGAAAAGGCGCUGCAGUGUCAGAAGGCAGAACACGAGUUUCCCGGAAUGCCCUGCGGCAUUAUGGACCAGUUCAUUUCGGCCAUGGGACGAAAGGACAACGCGCUGCUUAUUGACUGCAGGUCUCUGGAGUCAACUCUAGUUCCGCUGGCGGACCACCAGGUGGCAGUGCUGAUCACCAACUCCAAUGUUCGCCACACACUGACGGGCUCAGAGUACCCCAGCCGACGACGGGCUUGCUUUGAAACAGCUAAAGUACUCGGGGUCAAAUCGCUACGAGAGGCCACCAUGGAACUCCUGAAAGAGCGGCAGGGUGACAUUUCCGAAGAAGACUACCGUCGCGCUCGUCACGUGAUCACUGAGAUCGCCCGGACAGAGGCGGCUGCUGAGGCCUUCAAAAAGGGCGACUACGCCACAGCGGGAAAACUGAUGAACGAAAGCCACGCAUCGCUCAGGGACGACUACGAGGUGUCGUGCGCGGAGCUGGACCAUCUGCAGAGGAUUGCCGCCGCAGUGGAGGGGGUGUUCGGAUCCCGGAUGACCGUAGGGGGGUUCGGAGGGUGCACCGUCACGCUGGUGAAAAAGGGUGCCGUGGAGCUGUGCAUUCAAAAACUCAAGAGCGAGUACGCCGGCAGCGCCACCUUUUACGUUUGUCGUCCGGCUGAUGGCGCCACCGUCAUCUCCGCUUAGUUCGUAUUUAGAGUAAAGAAAGUAAUUUUGGCCAUUUUCGGUGCUGCCCGCUACUAAGCUGAGGGUUAUUUGCUCAGGGAUGAUGUCUAUGGUUUAGGUAUCAAGAGAUUACCUAUAAUAAAUAAUGCGCUGCCUCUAAAUGUGCGCGUCCUUCAGACGUUUUGGCUCAACAUGUAGUUUUUCGUUGAAAGGGAACGUGUUUUCGUGGUGUCUGCAGUUGUUUCCCGCCAACUAAGUACUGGGCUUCUAUUAACUAGGUACGCUGACAUCUAUAUAGGAGUAUCACUGAUAAGUAGCAUGAUACCGUUUUCUCUCAGGUCAGCAUAUGGGCAUGUGGAGACGAAGUUAGGAGUUAUGGAGGCAUUCUAUGUAUUCAUAUGACUGUGUUUAUCUGCGUGGAUGUGAUGACUG